AUGAAAUGGAGGAAACCUGCUUUGAACACGCUCAAGUGUAACAUUGGAUGUUCUUGGCAUUCUGAUAGUUUCAACAGCGGUGCGUCAUGGCUAGUACGUGAUCACUCAGGAAAGGUCUUGCUACAUAGUAGACGUUCUUAUGCUAUGGUCACUUCUCCGCUUGAGGCUGAAUUGUGUAGCUUCGUCUCGGCUAUCGAAUCUUUGCAGAACCUACGUUAUAAAGACCUGAUUCUUGAAUCACCUUUGUUACAAGCAAGGCAAGCUCUACUGGAACCGCACCUUUUUCCCCAACACAGGAGCUUGAUUGAAAAAGUCUUUACCCUACUCCAGUCCUUUAACUCAUGGAACUUUCAUCAUACGUCCUACGCCUCAAAUCGUGCUGCCAAAGCUAUUGCCAACAGCGUGUUUGAGAUCAACAAGUUCCAAUCUUAUGUUGCUAGAUAA